AUGGACGUUGAGCAGUCUCCCUCCCCACGCCUCGAGGCGGGAUCUGAUGGAGAGAAGAAAACCCCGACCGUUGAUCUGGAGCAACUGGGGGAACGUGAGGGUUAUGUGUUGGAUACGUCUGUCCUACAGGACCAGGACCUGAAGACCACGGCAGACGGAAAGACGGUCCUCAUUCCACAGCCGAGCGACUCGCCCAACGACCCUCUUAACUGGUCCCCGUUCAAGAAGCACCUGAUUCUCAUCAUCAUAUCGGCCACCUCGUUUCUACCGGACUAUGGCAGUGCGACGGGCGCCGUCACGCUCAUUCCCCAGGCCGCUGAAUGGAAUAUGACUCAGGACCAUGUAAACCAUUCGCAAGUUGGGAAUGUGUUUAUGCUGGGUGCUGGCGGGAUUUUCGUGGUUGCUCUCGCCGCUUAUUUUGGCCGAUUCCCUGUGUUGUUCUGGUUCGCGCUCCUCGCAGUAGGCACUGCCGUAUGGUGUGCUGCAGCUCAGUCUUUUGAGUCCUUCAUGGCUGCGCGCAUCUUGAACGGUUUCUUCUCCACGGUUGCUCAAGGGGGCGGUCUGAUGUUCAUCAAGGAUAUGUUCUACUUCCACGAGCAAGCCAGGAAGAUCAACAUCUGGAGUGGCUUCAUCGUUCUGUCGCCGUACCUUGGGCCGCUACUCGCCGCCUUCAUCAUCAACACUCAGAAAUGGCAGUGGGCCUUUGGUGUGUACAGUAUCGAGACCGGGUUGUGCUUGAUGGCGAUUAUUCUCUUCGUCGACGAAACCUACUACGACCGUAAGACGAGACAACCUGAUCUGGUACCCAACGGCCCGCGAUGGAAAAGAAUGCUCGGCAUCCAGCAGUAUCAGACCCAUUAUAUCAAGAACAGUGCCUGGGAUGCCGCGAAACGCCCGCUACUCCUCAUCAUCAAGCCGGUCGUGUUCCUCGCAACCUUGUAUUACAUGCUGACAUUCGCCUGGGUGGUCGGAAUCAACACAACAUUGUCGAUGUUUGUCGGUCCAUUGUACGGCUUUGGGCCGAAGCAGAUUGGUAGCCCUCUACUUUCUCCCCCGUCGUAUUGGAUGAUAUCUAAUGCGCUGCACCAGGCUUCUUCUACUUCACUCCAGUCGUCGCCGCUCUUCUCGGUGAAGUGA